CAGUCGAAAACAUCUGUUGUUUCACAGGUAUUAACACAGCCGCACCGAUUUUUCUAGUUAAAAUGAUUGUCAGUGCGCAAAAUAUCGCCACACAAUUUUCAGUCUUAUUCACAAGUGAGAUUUACGCUGAGACGAACGAUUAGAAAAGAAACCAGGAAAUGGAUACGUUCAAAAGCUUCCGUUUUAUCACACCGCGAAUACAAUACGCAUUGGACCAUUCAACAAAACUCAAUGAGCACGUAGAAGAGUUGAUGGAGCUAUCAUUGAAACAUCCAUUUGGUCUCGUCAUUGGUGCUAGAGGAGUACUUCAAACAUGUACAGCACUGAUUGAAAUGAUUCAAGCCAAAAAUGUGUUGGAUAUCGGCUUAUUUACCGGUGUCAGUGCGCUGACGUGGGCGUUAGCCAUUCCGGCUGACGGUAAAGUUAUUUCAAUGGAUGUCCGAGAGGAUGAGUACAAUAGUUUCGGAAAAAAGAUCAUUGAGAAGUCUGGUGUUGCGCAUAAAAUCGAUGUGCGCAUUCAGCCGGCCAUGCAAACACUUCACGACCUCAUCGGGUCGGGACAAUCGGAAGCAUUCGAUUUUGCUUUCAUAGACGCCAACAAAUCGGACUACCCAAAUUACUACUUAUUGUGUCUUCAGCUUGUACGGCCUGGAGGAGUGAUUGCCGUUGAUAAUGCAUUUUUUGGUGAAAGCGUUUUGAAAAACGAGAAAGACGAGUGUGGCACAGCCAUCGACAAACUGAAUAAAAUGGCAUCUACCAACCCCCGUAUCCAGAGUGUGCUUUUACCAAUUGAAGACGGUCUGCAUAUUAUUGUGAAGAAGGUCGACAAGAAGUGAUGGAAAUGGCAGCUUUUUUUCACUACCCUCUUUACAUUAAACUGAAUCUGUAUACAG